AGAGCGGUGGAUCGGCAGAAUUUUUAGAGAAUCGGACUAGUUGCCAUGCGGUAUUUGUUCGGGCCCAGAUUUGUGUUCUUGUUAUUUUAAGCAAAUCGAGUACCCAUGUUUAUGUUGAUUCAUUGGCUCAUCGUCAUUUUGUUAAUGUUGAAGGGACCAUAGUGGAUCUUUUCGGAGUAUUUUGUCGGAAUACUCAGAGUAUUUUGUCCUUGAGGCGUAGUUAUAAUCAAGAAACACAAAAAGUGGUGACGAAAGCAACAGAUGGUGUGACGUAACACAUAUAUACACGUAAUCUGAACGAUGGACGAACAGCAUUUGUUGGAAGGAAAUAUAGAAGGGGCUGAGAACAAUAAUUCGACGCUUACUAGAAAAGGCAAACAGUCCAAAAUGUCUGUGACAUUGUCAAGUGUUGCUGCACGGGAAUGGUUUCAAAAGAAACGAGAAACCAUUAAACCAUGGGGCGAGUUCCUGAACACUUCUAAAUUUCGAAUUCCUAAGAAUCUUGCUGAGGUACCCAAAUACACAAUGAAAAACAUUGAAGAUUUCCAGAGCAAUUACUUGUUCGUGUUUAUUGGUUUAGUCAUUGUUUGUAUCCUGACAUCACCAUUGCUGUUAAUAGCACUAGCUGCCUGUCUUGGUGCAUGUUACAUCAUCAGUUUGAAAAACCAAGAGAAAAAACGUACAAUCAUGGGUCAUGAACUGAGUUUAGGCCAACAGUAUGCUGGUGUUGGAGUUUUAUCUUUCCCACUUUUUUGGGUAGCUGGAGCUGGUUCGGCUGUUUUCUGGGUUAUUGGAGCUUCUUUCUUUGUGAUCGGUUUGCAUGCAAUAAUGUAUAACGGAGCUGAGGAACAAGAGGGUUUUGACUUGGAAAUGGAAUCUGUAUGAGGAGGAAACAAUUUUUUGCAUGUAACUCACCACCAAGAGUUUUCAGAUUACAAUGGAUUCUCUUUUUUUCUGUUUCUCAUUAAAAUAUUCAACUGUGCAAAUAAUGACUAGUACUUAGGUUUACUGAUCAAGUGGCUGAUAAUGUUUAGCCUAAUGGGAUUCUGUGAAAAAUUAUAACAAAGCAUUUCUUUGUAAGCAUUCAAUAUAUUUGUUUUGGAAUGAGAAUUAAACAUUAUUUUUAUAUAUUUCUUGGGCUGUGACAAUUUUCUACUUUGUCAGUAUUGCAGAGUUUUAACUAAAUUCACUUGGAUUUUAAUGUACCAAUGAAUAGAUAGUCUUUCAUAUUAGUUGACUAAUACCAUUAUUUUCUCCAUUAACUGCUUCUACUUAAUACCUGGUAAUGGCAUGGGUAAUGCCUAGCUAAAUAAUAUUUGCACAUUUUGGUUAUUAUUUCCCACCUGGUUCAUCAAAUAUCUGAAAUAUUUAAAAAUACAAUUGUGCAUGAUACUUGAUAUCCCAUUUAUUUAAUCAUAUAUGAAACCACUUAUUUUAUGGAAGUCAUUUCUUUUUUUUUAAUGUGGUUUACAAUUAAUAUAAACGAUCUGAUUUUUGAAAGAAGACUCAGCAAAGAUAUAUAAACAAAGCAAAAUAAAAUUAAUUGUAUUUAAUUUUCAA